AUGGGGGACCAGAAUCACUGGAUGCAGUAUGCUGGGCACACAAGCUCCCACAAGUCAGGUGUUGUUCAGAUGACUGAAGUGAAAGCCAAAGUAGGGGGGGUAGCUAAACUCCCUUGUGGUUAUAACAUACAUUCAGACAAUCCCCUGAAGCGCUACGGUGUCUACUGGCAAAAAUUUGUCGGCAAAGGUCAAACAGACCAGGUAGCAUUAUCUUACUGGGAAGGCAAAAAAGACAAAAUUGACCCCAUUUACCAGAACAGAACCACAAUGGACCAGCGGAAUUUGACACUUUGGAUCUCCUCCGUGAAAGUGUCAGAUGAAGGCAAAUACACCUGCUUAAUACUAAAAGAUCCUCUAUAUAGAAGAGAAUUAUACUUAUCUGUGGAGGCUGACUUUAGCAAUCCUAUCAUAAAUGUGACUCGACAUGCCUGCGGCUCAGCAUUAGUGACACUGCGAUGCUCUUCUUAUGGGGGAUACCCAAAGCCUAACAUGUCUGGGCUUCUGAAUAAUAAGGAAGUGGAAUGGACGCCUCAUUCCGUAUCUGACAACCAAACAGAACUCAUCAAUAUUACCAGCGAGUGGGAGCACAAUGUGACUGAAGAUAUAUUUUUCCAAUGCACAGUUUCUUAUCCAGGUUUCAGUGCAUCUGCCAGCUGCACAAUACCAAAGGAGUGCCCUGUGGUAAAACCUCCAUCACACUGGAUUAUGAUUGCUGUAAGCGUGAGCCUUGCCUGUGCUGUAGUGGUGGCGGCGCUGGCAAACAUCCAACGGACGCUUUCCAAUAUAAAACACCCUUCCCUCUCUAAACUCUUGGGAACUGUUUCUGAUCAGUUCCUUUCUGUUUGA